AUGGCUGCAGCAGGGGUCCGGAAUCUCGAAGAACGAAUUAAGGUAGAGCAGCUGAAGGAGGCGCUCGAGGAGAUCUUUGCAGAAUAUGGCACCGUCGUUGAGAUUGUCGCAAAAACCAACCUAAAGGCUAAGGGCCAGGCGUUCGUCGUCUUCGACAACAUCGAUUCGGCCACCCGUGCCAUUGACGAGAUCAAUGGCUUCGAACUCUUUGAGAAGCCCAUGGUGCUGGACUACGCGAAGACGAAGAGCGAUGCGACGGUGCGGCGCGAAGGCGGCAACGACGAGCUGGAGGUUCACAAGCGAAGGCGUUUAGCGGAGAAAGAGCGGAAACAGGCCCACGACGCCCUCGAAGCCCAGAAAAAACUCAAGCGUCCUGCCGGCGCCGCCGCCGAACCCGCGCGCCCAGCCAAGACUACCAAAGGCGCCGGUCUCAAGCCCACCACCGGUGCUGCUGCCGCUGUCGUGCCGGACGAGUACCUGCCACCCAACAAGAUCUUGUUCCUGCGGGAGCUGCCGGACGACGCCAGCCAGGAGGGACUGUCAGCCGUCUUCGGUCGGUUCGAAGGGUUCCAGGAGGUGCGUCUGGUGCCGGGUCGCAAGGGGAUUGCGUUUGUCGAAUACGAGACCGAGUCCGGGGCGAUCAGUGCGAAGGAAGCUACGGCGGGCAUGGCCAUGGGAGAGCAGGGCAAGCCGAUUCGUGUCACUUUCCAGAGACAGUAG